AUGAACGGCAAGAACCUCAUUGUUUUCGCAGUUAUUCUGGCACUUGGGACUGAGCUUAGCUAUACAGAUGCCCAUCAGAACAACUCAGGCUCCACAAGCAACCAGACUGAGUGCCGUUCGCUGCAACUCAAUGGCCGUCUCGCCAUCGUCACCGGGGGUGCGAGUGGGAUCGGCAGGAGUGUCUGCAUGGUACUCGCCCGAGAGGGAGCCACCGUCGUCGUGACAGAUAAGAACAGAACAGGCUCCGACGAAACGAUACAGAUGCUGCAAGCCAACACCGUGUAUUUAUAUAUUGUGAUUCAUGAACGGUAUCACUGCGACUUCAUGGGAACGUUCCUCGUGAAUCGAGCUUCGGUGACGUCGAUGCUGACCAAGAGCGUCAAGGACGGCGCCAUCGUAAACAUCGCGAGUAUCGCUGCGAGAACGGGGGGUUUUCCAGGGCUCUCGGCCUACUCGGCUUCCAAGGGCGGUGUCAUCUCUCUGACCAAGGCAGUGGCACUCGAGGUGGCGACCAAGGGAAUCCGUGUCAAUGCCAUCCUACCGGGCCCCGUCGAUACGCCUUUACUCGAAAAAGUGCCUGCGAACAUGUUGGCUGUUUUAAUAGAUCAAACCGCCUUGAAGCGCAAGGCCCGUCCCGAAGAAAUAUCCGAGACGAUUGCGUUCAUGUGCAGCCCGAAGAGUAGCUUCAUGACUGGAGCGGCCGUAGAAGUUACUGAAUAA